AUGCAACAGAUGCAGAUCUCCGACAAGCAUCGAGGCAUGACGUACAGGUUGAGCCUCAAACUGCAAUUCUGCAAAAAUGCGAGAGACAUUGAUGUGAUCUCAAUCCUUCAUGCGUUGCGAGAGGCUGUCGAACAACAACUCGUAGACGUUUACAGACUUUACCUUCACCAUCUCAAUUUGACGGAUGCAGUCAUGCCAGAGCUUCUAAGCCUGCUCAUCUUCUGCGAGGGAACUAUUACCGAGGUACACCUGUCACAUAACCGCAUCACACUCAAAGGGGCAAGAAUGUUGUUGGAACAAGACAGGGAGACUCUCUUAAAGUUCUAUCCCACCGAGCGGGGGAACAGCUACACCCCACUGCUCGUUCGCCUGGAGCACAACGAAUUCGAUCUACUUCACCUUCAUUUGCCUCCCGAGACCUUCAGCACCGACGUCAUGCCGAUCUCAGUUGGAUAUGAUGGCCCAGCCUUCCGCGUUCCUUCCUGGCCUCCACGGACUCAGCCUGAUGACGAUUGCACCAUAGAUCUUACCCCAGCUGCAUUCCCCCCUGUCAGCUCUUUCGCCGCUGGGGUCGGGUCUGACUACCUGCCGGGCCCUUUUCCCGUGAAUCGAGAGCUGCAAGCGAACGCAUACAAUUUCCCCUCAUUGCAAGACAACUUGUGCGAGGAGCAUCGACAGGAAUUCGAGGACAAGAGCUACGAGCAGUAUGCGGAGUACGAGCAGUAUGCGGAGUACGAGGAGUACGAGGAGUACGAGGACGCAGCGUAUUGGGGGGAGGAAGAGAGAGAGGAGCUGUCCAGUGUCGAUGGGUCCGAGGUCAGCGUGCCAAGCGAGACGUCUACGACGGGAGAUUGCACCUCGUCAAGAUGGGAGUUCGAAACUGAACUUCUUGCCACCCCCGUCGAAUUUGAGGAUACCUACGUCAAGUGUCUAGUCAACCUUUCCUACCUCGGACAUAAAUUUCUUGGGAUUCAAAGGAACCCGUACGGGCCAACGGUGCAGCAAUGUUUGGUUGAGCACAUGGUCUUGCUGGGAGCGAUCGAAGAGGAUCGGGUCGAAGAGUUUCUUAUCGCCAGUAGGACAGACAAAGGAGUGCACGCCGCGCAGUCUCUGGUUGUUGUGACCAUGAAGAAGAUUCAAUGUCAGAGUCCAAUCGCAGCAUUCAUCGCAAAGUUGAAUCGUUCCAUGAAGGCGAAGCAACAACAAGUCGAAGUCAUAGCGAUGCGUCAGAUCGAUCCAGGCUCAAAGCUCGACACACAAUUAGACACUAUGUGUCGCACCUACCAGUACAUCAUCCCCGCCUUCGCUCUCGCCCCCCUCCAGCGGGAGGUCGCUGCCAAUUCGCAACAGCUGUAUGCGCGAAUGAGGACAGCUCGACUGACAGCGGAGGAGUUGGAGCACGUGCAACAGGUCUUGAGCUGUUUCCAACGUAAGGACAACUUCGUAGCCUUCACGGACGAGGCGAAGGCAGACAAAUACAAGGAGACCACCCGAGAAGUCUCAUCGUUCAAGAUCAAGGAGCUUGUUUACAACAACAACAUUGAAUACGCAGUCAUUGAAGUUGAGGGCAAGGGCUUCAUGUAUCAUCAGAUCCGUAAAAUGAUCGGACUAUCCAUCCUCAUCAUUCAGGCUGGUCUGGACCACCGUAAGAGCAUUGAAGGAGUGUUCAGGGGAGUGCCACUUCCCGGCAAGGACAAAGUCUCCUCCUUCCGCCUCGCUCCGGCCGAGCCUCUCUUCCUUGACCAUAUCAACUUCAAAUAUGACAAGAUUAAAUCCUUCCUGGAGAACCCAUCAAUCAUGUACAAGAACGAUGCUUUCAAGCGAAAUACCAUCAUCCCUCAUGUCUACAAGGAGUCUAUCAAGCCGAUCCUCGACUUCAUCCAAGCCUUGGAGGCGGCACCUAAAGACAACAAGGAGGGAGGAUCACGGUAA